GAGCCAGUGGGUGGAGAAAAACAACCGCUUCCGUGUUGAUCUGAGCGGAUAAACAACAACACGGACUGUACAGGAUAUUAUAAUGGUUUUAUAAAGUUAUUACAGUAGAAAAGUAUCACGAAUCAAAAUGUCCUCAGGACAAAGUACGAAGAAAAGGGACAAGCGGAUUCUAUCAGGUGUUUGUCCGGAUUUUAAGUGUCAGGCGAGAUUGUUUUUUCCAGCUUGUAGCUCAGUUAGCAUCGAGUGCACGGAAUGUGGACAACGUCACGAACACAAGGAUCUGUUAAACGUGGAAGAAGUAACUGAUCCAGAUGUCGUGCUUCAUAAUUUACUGAGAAACGCUUUGCUCGACGUUUCAGGAGUCCCGAAGAAAAGCACGGAGUUGGUGAAAGUCAUGGGUUUGUCUAAUUAUCACUGCAAGCUGCUGUCACCGAUUCUCACCCGUUACGGGAUGGACAAACAGACGGGCAAAGCGAAACUGCUCCGGGAGAUAAACCAAGGUGAGCUGUUUGACUGCUCGCUGCUGGGUGGCAGAGCUUUCCUUAUAGAACAGGAGCAUAUAUGUACAGUCGGCUAUGGCAAGGACAGAUCUGGAAGCCUCAUCUAUCUACAUGAUACACUGGAGGAGAUCAAGAAAGCCAACAACAACCAAGAAUGUCUUAUUCCUGUACAUGUGGACGGAGACGGUCAUUGCCUGGUGCAUGCAGUGUCCAGGGCUUUGGUGGGUCGUGAGCUUUUUUGGCACGCCUUAAGAGAGAACCUCAAGCUCAGCUUCAAGCAAAAUCUGGAUCGCUAUAAAGCUCUGUUUCAAGACUUUAUUGACACUGCGGAAUGGCAGGACAUCAUUAGUGAGUGUGACCCUUUGUUUGUGCCACCAGAAGGUGUCCCUCUUGGAUUGAGGAACAUACAUAUUUUUGGACUCGCCAAUGUCCUACAUCGUCCCAUAAUCCUGCUGGACUCUCUGAGUGGAAUGAGGAGCUCAGGUGACUACUCGGCAACGUUUCUGCCUGGCCUGGUGCCCGAGGAGCAAUGCAGAGGAAAAGAUGGCUCUCUGAACAAGCCUAUAUGCAUCGCUUGGAGCAGCUCAGCCAGGAACCAUUAUCUUCCUCUAGUGGGCAUUAAAGGAAUACCACUCCCAAAGCUGCCUGCUGCACUUAUUCCAAAGGCUUGGGGAGUUCCGCAGGAGCUUAUCUGUAGGUAUGUUAAUCUGGAACCCUGUGGAGGCUGUGUUAUCGGAGGAGAUCGAAGCCUGCAGGAGAAAUACCUCCUUCGUUUAGUUAGUGCCAUGGAGGAUGUUUUUAUUGAGAAACAUGGUAUCCAUCCUGCACUGGUGGCUGACGUUCAUCAGUAUGUUUACCGCCGAACAGGGGUGAUUGGCAUCCAGCCUGAAGAGGUGACAGAGGCAGCAAAAAAAUUGGUGCUGGAGAAUCGUCUGCACCGCUGUCUGAUAUGCAGUGCACUGUCUGAACUCCAUGUUCCGACUGAGUGGUUAGUACCAGGUGGAAAACUUUACAACCUUGCAAAGUCUACUCAUGGCACUCUCCGGGGAGACAAGAACUACACCUUCCCAUUGAAUAACUUGGUAUGCUCCUACUGCCCUGAGAGGGACGCACUGGUUCCUGACUACAAGCUCAGUUCACUAUCUACGUGCACCUGGUGCCACAGAAACACUGUGCGGCAUGUCCGUGGUGAUGGAUCUAUAGUGUACCUAGAUGGGGACCGUACCAACACACGCUCACAGGGUGGUAAGUGUGGUUGUGGCUUUAAACAUUACUGGGAAGGAAAGGAAUAUGACAAUUUGCCAGAGGCAUUCCCCAUUACCCUUGAGUGGGGAGGCCGUGUAGUCCGUGAGACAGUCUAUUGGUUCCAGUAUGAAUUAGACCUAGCAUUGAAUAGCAAUGUCUAUGAGGUUGCAAUGCGCCUUGUCACAAAGCAUUUCCCAGGAGAGUUUGGCAGUGAGAUUCUAGUGCAGAAGGUGGUGAACACAGUUUUGCACCACACAGCAAAGAAGAACCCAGAGGAGUACAAUCCAGUGGCUAUAGAGGGUGCUCACAUGCAGGGCCAAGGGCAAGGGGGUGGACAGGUAGUGGAGUUGGAUGCAAACCUUCCCCAAAAGAUUAUAUUGACAGGCCAGAAGGGCCGCACCUUACAUAAAGAGGAACUGGUGAUGAGCCAAACAGAGCGGAAUCUGCAGCAUAAGAUUAGCGAGCAGGCAGCUCUGUCCCAACGGCGACGCUCACAGCGUCAGCAGAUACAAGACCAGAGUGCAGAGCCUCGCUCCGCCUCCCCUGCCGCCUCCUCCUCAGCUCCACCCACACCCACUAAAGGUAUGACCCCUAGUGGGCAGAAGAAGAUCAGAGUGACAACCAGUGAUGGGCGGCAGGCGACACUGCAGCUGCAAGCCAAUAAUACCUAUGCAGAACUGCAGGAAGCCAUCACCCAAGCCUUCAACGUACAGCCCCACCAACAGUGUAUCCGACAUGGCUUUCCUCCCCGGGAACUUCCCCCACCACCCCCUGAGCAUCAGGACUUGCCCCUGGCCCUGCAACACGGAGAUCGCAUCACUGUGGAAGUGCUUAAGGAGAGUGUCCCAGACACACAAAUAAAUACUCAUACCCCAAUGGAACCUUGGCUCAGCAGAACCAGCAGCCGAGAGAUACAAGACAGCGUUGACCUGGAGAUGUCAUCACUCUGUCUCCUUGCAACACUUAUGGGUGAGGAUGUGUGGUCAUAUGCUAAGAAGUUACCUCAUUUGUUUCAGCAAGGAGGAGUCUUCUAUAACAUUGUAAAGAAAGAUAUGGGUCUGUUGGAUGGGAAGCACUGCACUCUUCCACAUUUGACUGGUAAGACAUUUGUGUUUAACGCAGCAGAGGAGCGUUUGGAACUAUGUGUGGAUGCUGCUGGCCACUUCCCAGUGGGCCCUAACGUGGAGGAGAUUAUUCAAGAAGCUCUGUUGUGUUCUGAGGCUCCCUCUCGCAAUCGUGAGGGAAGCCCUGCUCAUGGCCUGAAAUUGGGCAGUGGAGGGGUGGUGCGCAAGAAGGAGCAGACAGUUACUGCUUUCCAGGGCAAAGGUCAUUCACUGGGCUCCACCUCACAUGAGCACCAUCCAAUCAGGCGAGAACACAGCAAUGGUGUGGACCUGAGUGGCAGUGUACAGGAGGAGGGGCUAGCACGGUCUAGGGAAGAGCUGGUGCGUGUUGCUCCAGGCAUGCUCACCCUGCGUGAAGGGUGUCGAGAAUUAGAAUUAGAGCCCACAGCGAUUGAGGCUCAACGGCGCCGUCUGCAGGAGAUGGUCUCAAAUAUACAGGCGUCUAUGGACAAACACUUACGGCAACAGACCACACCUAGCACUGCUACUAAGCAGAAUGAAAAGGAAGAUCUAGAUGAGCAAGAGGAAAGGAGCCAGGGAGCAGAGUCUCCGAGCAUCUCUGAGCCCAUGGACCAGUCCUUAUGAUGUCCUUUUUCACACUCAUGCACAUCUACUCACCCAGUGGUCAUACUAAUCAAUUACUGUAUGUGAGGUGUUCAAAUGCAUUCAUGAGUAAUUGUCAUAAGGGGCUUGAAGUUGAGCAAAGGUGCUGGUAAAAAUGUGCUUUCUCUAUAUAUUGUAACACGCACACUUAACACUCAUGCUUUACAUAGACACUCAACAACCAAGUGCAACUGACGUUCAAUACACAAAGCCUUCUGUAGCAGUUUAUACUCUUAAAUCAGCUACAAAAUACAUUUACCCAGCCACAGAUAUAGAUAUAGGGUGUGUGUUAGUUUGCUGUGAACAUAAAAGGACUUCUAAUUGUCUAAAUGUAGUUUGGAUGCACUGUUCAGAAGUAAUGCAGUGAUCAUAGUUUACACCUGGUUGAUUGUGUAUGCACAGUGAUACUAUUGGUAGGGUCUAUAGCGCUAUGGACUGUGUUCUUUUCUUCUUCAGAUUAAGCCGUGUGUGGAUUAAAUAAAAGGUGUCAGUAGGAAGCUCCUUUCUGGAUACCGCUUCUUACCUAAUUUUGUGACCAGGUUAGAUCUGCCUUCUCUUGGUAUUCAAGUCACAAUGACACAAAUGUUUAAAAAUAUAAAUGAAAGGAAUUUAUGUUUAAUUCUGGCACACAGUGCUAUGCUUAACGUGCUGUUGUUAUAUUAUAUUUGACAGUAAAAAGCUACCGUAUCACAAAAUAUAAUCCUCUGAAUUAGUAACGCUAAAGAUCAAAGCAGUGCUUGAGGCUUGUCUUGAGAUUGUUAUGUGAGAGACGCUUGUACAGUAUUAUACAUCUUUACUAAAGCAGAGGAGCACUGAUUGACCGAUUCUUGCCCUUAAGCUGAGUGUAAAUAUUUGCUGAACGGCAUGAAUCUGGUGUGACUACUAUCCUCCACGUGGAUGUUGUUGCACACUUGUCUGCUUAGAUGAAGUUUAAAAAAGUUGAGUUGCAUUUAAUUUCUCCAGGUUGAGUAAAGCUGUGCAUUGUAUGAAUCUACUGGGUCGGGCAGGGACAUUGAAUAACAAGCUGGCUGGGAUGACCUGACCAAAGCUCUACUCCUUUAUCAUUAAGACGGGUCUUAUUUAGAAGGCGCUUUUUUUUUUUUUUUUUUUUGCUAGUGGUGGCCUUGUACAUGUGCUGCCAUUGUCCAUGCAUAUCCACACAGCCUUAAUGGUCACUAAGGUUUACUUACAACCCACAGCAUACACUCCUCACAACACUUUUCUUCCUUCACCACAAUCAAAAUUAGUUUCAUUGUCUUGUCUAAUUUUAUGCCUAAAUGCUUUUGAUUACAUCUCAGCUAAAGGUAGCUCAGACAACUCUAUUCAUUUAUCUGUAAAUUUAUUCCCCAACUGUGUAAAAUUAGUUUUUGCAAAGUUUUUUUUUAUGAUGCAAGGCUGGUUCACUCCCUUUGAGCCCUUUUUCAAAGAGAGUGUCUCAUGUAAAUAAAACUUUGGGUGGCGUGAACCUCUCUGAAUGGAAGUAAGCAGUGGCAUAAGCUUACUGUAGAGUGGAGCGUAGCCUUGAAUGUGGACUUGGACUUUUCCAGUUUGAUGAACACAUUACCUGAGAUUCAAAAUAGAAAAAUUGAAGAACCAGAAAAAGACAUUUCUUAGCUCAUUAUUUUAUUUUAUUGCUUGAUAUAUUUCACCUGUAUAGAGUUAUCACAAUGUUAAGAAUAAUGAAGUAUAUUUCUGUUGGACCAUUAGAGGCAGAGAAGAAUGUUUCUAAGCACUAUUCCUUAAUGUUGGUAAUGAUAAGGCCAAAGUUCAAAUUCAAAAGAGAUCAGUUGUUUUUAUAAGUGAUCUUUCUGAUGGGGUGAUGGCCUGUAAUAUAUAGUAUAUAUUGUACUUUAUCCUGUAUAUAGAUUUGUUUUUUUCUUCUUUUGAUUCGUUUCUUCUGUUUAAUCUGAAGUUCCCACACAGCUAAAGAAUUUGCAGUUUGCAUGUGCAAUAAAUUUUUGGUCUAACAACAAAAUAAAGUUACAGUCUGACUGCAGAAAUACUA